GUACGAGUCACAUGGUGUGUGUCUCAUAGCAUGAGGAGCUGUCUGCGGUGCUGAAAGCACACUCACACUGGAGACAGAGAUGCUCUGAGCACUCAACAAGAACUUCCACGCAAACUAAAUCUAAAAAGGUAUCACAAUGUUGUCGCUUCCCUGCAAACCCACCAAAGGCAAACCUUCCCUUCCCCGUUUGGCUGGGCUUCUGUUUGUCACUCUGUGUCUCCGCUCCGUUCAUGGGGCUACUCUCAGAGAGCAUCGACUGCGAGAGAGUGAAUCAGACCCGUCCCUGUCACCUGAUUCUGACAUGAUCAAAGCCUUGGAGUACAUUGAGAGCCUCCACCAGAGGACGAACUCACAGGAGAAGCCUCUUCUUUCCAUGGGGAAUGAUGGGCAUGACUUGGAUGAUGUUCAGAAGAUAGGCACCGUGCUGAGAAUGGCUCCCGACCCGACUCGUGCCAGAAAUGAUGAAGAGGAAGACGACGUGGAUGAGGAGAGGAGUGAUGAUAAGAGUGGGGAGCUGCUGCAGGCCGUGCUCAGCACUCUCCAACAGACUGAAAAGGCCUCCAAACCUGCUUUGCUUCGUCCUUCCUCUGUUGGAGGAGGUGAUGUGAGGAAUGGCAUGUACCCAAGGGUGCAGAAGCAACAGGGCAUCAUGCCCCACAAGAAGAUGCCCUUAAUGUUUGAAGACGAUGAAGAAGGUGAGGGUGAAGAAGAGGAGGAUGAGGAUGACCACGAAAGCCCUUUUAAACGCACCAAUGAGAAUGUGGAGGAGAAGUACACGCCUCAAAACCUAGCGACUCUGCAGUCGGUCUUUGACGAACUGGACAAAUUCACCAAUGAGAAGACCUCGCACAAACGACAGGAUGAAGAGGAUGCGGAUGAAGAGGAGGAGGAAGAAGGGGAAGAUUUGUUCAAUCUAAGAAAUGUGGAGUACGAUGACGACGAUGACGAGGACCUCGCUGACUGGGGUCCAAUAGAAGAGCAAGGGGAGGAUGAGGAGGAAGGGGAAGAUGACAAAGAAGCGUUGGAUAGGAGCCUUGACUAUGUUGAUGAUGAGGAGGAGCAGGAUGAGGAAGAGAAUGAAAGGUAUCCGGUUCGGAAGUCGACUGAUCCAGACCAGGUCGACUACUACCUUCUUAAAGUGCUGGAGAAAACAGAGGAAGAGGAGCAGAAGCGAGCAAUUGAAGAAGAGGAGAAGAAAAGGGCUGAGAGACGAGUAACUUGGUACCGAAAUAACAUUGACCCGCGGGUUAUUCGUCAGCUCCUUCAGAUCUCCCAGAAAUACCAGAUCCCACCUGUAGAUCUCCUGGGCAUGCUCAAAACCGGAGAAACGAUAAGUCAAGGAAAGAAACAACAGAGCAACAACAAAAGCAAUAUCUGGAAGACGUCCGCAAAGAAGAUCUACAAGAUUCCUCAAGCCAAAUUCUACAGUAGACCCCCAGCUGCCAGAAAGGGCAGCCCCAAAAACCUGCAGACAGAAGCAAUCCGUAACAUUCUGGGACUGAACCGAGAUCAAACUCCCGUCAGAAAGCCGUACAGGAGCUCGGCGUCACGAAUUCACACUUUGACAGCGAGGCCCACGGGGGAUGCCGCUCCCACGCAGCGACGUCUCCCUCCCAGCAAGACGAUGGACUACGACGACACGGCAGACGGCGAGCUGGCGGCGUAUCUGGCGGCUCAGAUGCUGCCUCGCUAUCCCGGCCUCGCGUACCGCUAUGGCAAGGCUGGCCAAAAGCGGGACGAGGUAGGGCAGAGCACAGCGGGGUCGUUUGAACAGGCCAUGCAGGAUUAUUUGGAUCAAAUGGACUCGGAUAAAGAGGCGGAUAUAAAGAGACAGUCAGAAGAUGAUGAGAGAGGCGACAACACGCAAGAAUUUGAUAACAAGGCUCUGAUGAAACUGAUGAGUUACCUCAACCCAGAAAGUGAGGACAAUGAGAAAGUGCUCAAUGGCAUAUAAAUCAAUAUACAGUUGCCGCUCAAUAAAUAGGAAUACCUUAGAUGAAUUAUUUUAUUUUCAUUACAUCACUUUAAAAAACAAACUCCUGUAUGAUGUAGACUAUGAACAAAUCAAUUUCAUAAGGCUAUUUCAACUGUUUAAAUUUAUGAUUGUUAUAUGUGAUAUUUAGAGUUCUUAAAAGGUACAUUUGGGUCUUAUGUAAAAGAUGUAAUCAUCAUAAACAUCUUAAAAAGUUAUUGUUAAAAAAAAUUUCACUCUCCGUAGCGAAUUUAUAUCAUAUAAAUUAGAUUUUCCGCAACAUUCUUAUUUAUUGAGAUACAACUGUAUUUACAUGUAUAUGUUAUUAUGCUGGUUGAAGUGACAGAGACAAUAAAGUAUUUUCAAAGAUAUUAAAAAAAAAUACAAAUGCAGUCAAUUGUGAAUCCUCCGUAGGUUUACUGAAAGUUAUUAUCUGAAAUAUGAAUGUUCUGACAUUAAUUUGAUUUAGUUGCUUAACAUCCCAUACAUGUGACUCACCAGACUUGAUAUACACAGGAUUACACACUGCACACACAAGCAUAUCAGUGUUGGACCCCUUCACUUGUGUUUGUUGGUAAUUCUUUCUUAAAUGUAGGCAUAUGUGACAAACUUGAGGUUAAUAAAGCAUUGACUU